AUGUCACGGUUCACUUUUCAAAGAAGUUUGGUGUAUCUACAUUCCCACCGAAGUAUAUCCAAUCGACUUUUCCUUGAUAAAAGAUUAUUCAGCACCAAAGAAACAACAACCAACAAAAAGCCAGAUAUCAACCCACAUACUGUGUUUUACAAACAAUUUUCCAAACCGUUUACAAAGAUUUGUCUAAUUUCAAUCGGAACAUAUUACAGUUUAAUAUAUUUAUGGGAGUUCCUAGAUAAAUCAGAAGCCUCCGAACCUAUUCAAUAG